AUGAAGGAUGACGAUGUCCUUCCCCUGUCGACACCAACAUCGCAUACCGCAUCAACAAUUUCGAAGAAGGAAAACUCAGAGUCGAACCUAUUCGGCAGAGGCCGAUACAAAUUCUGGGCAUUGGCUGCAAUUUUGCUUCUCGCUUUCUGGUCAAUGCUCACCGGCACCGUCACUCUCCAUUGGUCCGCUGGCAAUCUCAACCGCAUCUCCGACGACAUUGGCCCUCCCAUCCACGAUGACCUCGACGUCCUCGAAAUGGAGGAUAGAGAGAAGGUGGUGAAGCACAUGUGGGAUGUUUAUACGAACAGUCAUCGUAUCAGAUUGCCUCGAUUCUGGCAAGAGGCGUUUGAGGCUGCCUACGAGGACUUGUCUAGCGAGCUCCCUCAAGUUCGGGAAGCUGCCAUAUCCGAGAUCGCCAAGAUGUCCAUGAGGUCCAUUAAUAUCGAACCUCCUCCUCUUCAAUCCACGGGUGUACGAGAAUUAAUUCAGAAGCAAGCAGAGAGUACAAUAAAGAAGUGACCUCAGGAAUUAGUAGGCUAUGACUGGAAGAACAAUGAGGAUUCAAGCCUGCAAGUUGUCAUUCUUCUAUACAUUCAUUCAUAUAAAAUGCUAGUUGCUGCUCAAGGUUAGCAAAGGCAGAUUAUACUUGGUUAGAUCCUCAUUCUUGCAAUUUUGCAGUCACAACAUGGCAACGUGGAUGAUUUCAUUUAAUUCAUGCGUAUUUUGUACCCUUACCCUUCGUGAGACGGCUGAUGAAUAACUUAUGCUAUUUAAACCUUAUAAUGCUCUUUGGAAGCCAUUGAUGAUAAUGUGAGAUUGCGUUUUGAGGUAAGCUGUUGAAUCUGGGAUUGAUAAUUUCCCUUUGUUUCCC